GCCAACGUUAGCCGAACAAGCUUAGCACUAGCCUGUAAAACACUUACCGCAAUAUCCUGUUUGGUCUCCUUGGAUCCGCCAUGCUAUUAGAAGACAUAAUAAUUUAAAUUAAAAACUCAGGCGAUUGUUUCAGGCAGCUUGCCUUUUUUGGACGGUGCACUCGGCGCAGAGAGCCGUUUCCGCUAACGCUUCAAAACAAUAGCAUACGCCACUCGCCGAACCAGCAUCUCAAGGAGGACAUGCGCUUGGAGGUUUUGUUUUGAAGUUUUUACAGCGUUGGCGAUAACGACGUGACGUAUUUCCUCUCAGGCUACGGAAGUGAACUCUCGGACGGGAUUGCGAGAACAAACACUGAAAUAGUUGUUGUUUUUAACGAUUUCACGUAUUAAUGUAAUAAUUGUUAGGAUGUUUACGUAUUUAAUAUAUACAUGUAUAAAACAUGCUUAGCAUACUGCAAAAAGUAGGAUACAUUUUACAUGAAAUACUCGCAGAAGUCCUCGUUUUCAAUUUUGAGUUGUGAGGUUACAAGCAGGAUGUCGUUCCCUCUUCCCAAACCUCAGGUUCCUCAGCUACCUCAGCAUCUCCUGCGGACCAUCGACUGUAAACAAGGACCCGUCAGAGCCGUGCGCUUCAAUGCUGACGGACAGUACAUGCUGUCCUGCGGCGCAGACAAAUCCCUCAAACUGUGGAGCGGUAGCCGAGGGACGCUGCUGAAGACCUACAGCGGCCACGGCUACGAAGUCCUGGACGCCGACGGGUCCUUUGAUAACAGCCAGAUUUGCUCCUGCAGCUCGGACAAGACGGUGAUUCUCUGGGACGUGGCCACCGGACAGCUGGCCAGGAAGAUCCGCGGUCACGCCGGGAAAAUCAACUGCGUGCAGUUCAACGAGGAGGCAACGGUCAUCCUGUCUGGUUCCAUAGAUGGGACGGUGCGCUGCUGGGACACCAGGUCUCGCAGGAAUGAGCCCCUCCAGGUUUUGGAUGAGGCCAAAGACAGCGUCAGUAGCCUGAAAGUGGUCAAACACGAGCUGCUCACAGGGUCGGUGGACGGUCGAGUGCGACGCUACGACCUCCGGAUGGGACAGCUGCACGUGGACUUCAUCAACAGUCCCAUCACGUGCGUGUGUUUCAGUCAGGACGGACAGUGCACGCUCAGCUCCAGUCUGGACUCCACAGUCAGGCUCCUGGACAAGAGCACGGGGGAAAUGCUGGGGGAGUACACGGGACACCAGAUGAAGGGGUACAAGCUGGAAUGUUGCCUGUCCUUCAAAGACACGCACGUCCUGAGCUGCUCCGAGGACGGACACGUGUACUGCUGGGACUUGGUGGAGGGGUCUUUGUCCCUGAAGCUGCCCGUGGGCAAGGCCGUGGUCCAGUCCUUGGCGUUCCACCCCAAGGAGACCCGCCUCCUAACCGCCACGGAGGGGCGUGUCCAAGUGUGGGCGGCCGAGCCUGAGGAGGCGGACGACGCUGACAUCAUGGCAACAUAAUCUAGGGUCUGGAAGUGAACAUUUAUUUUGGUAAACCCCUUCCAGGGCUCCCAAGCCACCGACCAGCACGGCUCUUCAGGUGUCACAGCUAAGCUAGUUGGCACCUGUUCCAUCAACCCCCCCAAACCUCACUCUCAUUCCGGGUUUCGGCACCAAUGUAACUGUGAUCAUCCCACCGGACCCACACCCACACAACCCAUCAAACUGAGGCUAGCAUGCUUGCCACUUUGCUAAAAUCCUAGUUAUUACAUUCACCCCCAUAAACCUCACUCUUAUUCAGGGUUUCGGCACCAUUGUAACUGUGAUCAUCUCACCAAACCCACGCCCACACAACCCAUCAAACUGAGGCUAGCAUGCUAGCCACUAUACUAAAAGCCUAGUUAUUACAUUCACCCCCCUAAACCUCACUCUUAUUCCGGGUUUUGGCACCAUUGUAACUGUGAUCAUCUCACCGAACCCACGCCCACACAACCCAUCAAACUAAGGCUAGCAUGCUAGCCACUAUGCUAACAGCCCAGUUAUUACAUUCACCCCCCUAAACCUCACUCUUAUUCAGGGUUUCGGCACCAUUGUAACUGUGAUCAUCCCACCGGACCCACGCCCACACAACCCAUCAAACUAAGGCUAGCAUGCUAGCCACUAUGCUAACAGCCCAGUUAUUACAUUCACCCCCCUAAACCUCACUCUUAUUCAGGGUUUCGGCACCAUUGUAACUGUGAUCAUCCCACCGGACCCACGCCCACAC